AUGGUUGCAUGCUCUGAUAGUUUGGUUUGGGAAUUGACCAAGAACAACUCCUGUUUCUUGAAGAAGAAGAAUGGGCACACCAAGCGCUCUGGAAAAAUUGCUUUCUCUUCUGAGAAGGCCAACUUGACCAACCUUAACCUACACAAGUACUCCGGACUUGCCAACACAAAGGUUGCCGGAAUCAACUGCACUGAGGAUAACAAAGCUGAAUUGGUUGUUAAGACCGCUUCCAAGCCAAACCAACCCAAGAAGGCUUACGCCACUAUUCCCAUGAACAAGGACUUCCGCAGAGUUGAGAGCACCAUCAAAAAGACCACCGUUAACAACUUCUACCGCCGGGAUCUUGAGUCCGCUGCUCUUGCAAAGUACACCAAGGUAUACCAAGCAAACAGACGCGCUAAGGGUAUCAAGAAGGUUGUUCCAACCAAGAAGGGACGUGGAACUCUUUAA